AUGGGCGGAUCUCCAUUCUCGUUUCGCGACGCUCCUACAGAUCUACACCAUUUUUGCGCGCCCACCAUGUCCAAAUCUAAAAUUGACACCCCCGAGAAGAAGCGCAAGCGCGACGCCGAGGCAGCAGAAGAUGCGCCGAAGAAGUCCAAAAAAUCCAAGAAGACAGACAAUGUCCAGGAUGCGCCUGAAGUCGAAGCGACCGAGGUGAAGAAAGAAAAGAAAGACAAGAAGGAUAAGAAGUCUAAGAAGUCCAAGGGCAAUGUCGACACAUCGGCCGUCGAGGACGCCUUAGAAGACGCAAAGAAGGAGAAGAAGGAAAAGAAAUCGAAAAAGUCCAAGAAGUCCAAGGAUGCGGAUGUCUCUGAGGAUGCGCAGGAGGCUGAUCUUAUCGAUGAGAUGAAGUCCUCGGAGAACUUCAUCAGCGUCAACGAUGACGAGCCAAUGCCCGAUGCCAGCGAAGAUGCGCCUGCGAAGAAGGAAAAGAAGUCCAAGAAAGAGAAGAAGGACAAGAAGUCGAAGAAGAGCAAAGACGCUGCCGCAUCUGAGGACACACCUAUGAAAGACGCAGCUGAGGAACAGAAUGGCGUAGCUAAAGACACACCAGCAGAGACAAACGGCGCAGACUCUGACUCCAAGGCUGCUAAGAAGGAGAAGAAGAAAGAGAAGAAGGAGAAGAAGGAGAAAAAAGAGAAGAAGGCAAAGAAGGCGGCAGAAGCAGAGACCAAUGGCGAAACCUCUACUGAAGAGCCCAAAGCCGAGACCAACGGUGAAGCCUCUGCAGAGGACAUAGAUGCAGACAUCGAGGGUGGCGCCGAAGUCGAGGUAGAGGGAGAGGAAGCCCAAGCCGCAGUCGAGGCUAACAAGGGCCGCUUCAUCGUCUUCGUCGGUACGUCUUGUGCACAUUCCGAUCUAUCAUACCCAUCUGACAUACAACUUCAGGCAACCUUCCCUACAGUGCUACGAAAGAGCAAAUCGAGAAGCAUUUCGAAAAGAUCAAGCCCACCGACAUCCGUCUCCGUACAUACAAGGGCACUGAGAAGUUCAUGGGCACCUGCUUCAUCGAAUUCGACCGCUACGACCGUAUGGUGA